AUGCUUAGAAGCCACUUAUCAAUAUCAAGCUUUCAUGACCAGCCAGCCAUGCCUUGCCAACAAAACCACCAUGUUAUGCCUUGCACCAAAAUAGAUCUAAACAAGUACAACAAGGCCGCAAUUUUAAGCUUCUCUAGCCUGCAAAACAGUCACACGCAAUCUUCACCAAACUUACAAUUUCCAAACCUGAUAACAAACAAGCCCUGCAUCAAUUAUCCAAAACUACAGUCUUGCAUCAAUAAAGAGAGCAAAAAAUUAAUUCAGAAACCGUAUCAAAACAACAUCAUUUCAAUAACUCAAACCAUAGCAUUAGCAAGCCAAGUUUUCAUCCAAAGAAGCAAGUUGCGGUUACUUCAGUUCAAUAGCAUUGGCUUCAACCACUUGAGAGAAUCGAACGGCGAAGGUGAUGAUUCAUGGUAUCCUUAUGAAUUUUGUACGGCGGUGGAAAUCUUAGAUAAGAGGAAAGAGGUUGUGCCGCUGAUUUCUCAAAAGAAGAAGAGAGGGUGA